AGUGUCACAUGAUAUCGCUGAGUGAAGCGCCGAUGCUACGAUGGCAGCCUUUCUUCAGUGGAGAAAAUUCGUCUUCUUCGACAAGGACACUGUCAAGGACACUUUAGACAAUGGCAAGAAUUUUGCGCUCCCCAGCAACAUCUCUGCGUGUGACUCUGGCCGAGGGCACAUUGUUUUGGGAGAUAUGGAAGGGAAGAUCUGGCUGCUGACACGUUCCCUACAGCUGACAUCUUUCCAGGCCUACAAGCUGCGUGUGACGCACCUUUUCCAGCUGAAGCAGCACAGCAUCCUGGUGUCAGUGGGGCAGGAUGAACAUGGAAUUAACCCUCUGGUGAAAGUGUGGAAUCUGGACAAGCGAGACAGUGGGAACCCUCUGUGCACGAGAAUCUUUCCAGCCAUACCUGGCAACAAACCAACAGAGGUAUCCUGUCUCAGUGUACAUGAAAACCUCAACUUCAUGGUGAUAGGUUUCACAGACGGCAGCGUGGUGAUGACCAAAGGAGACAUUACCAGAGACCGUCAUAGUAAAACUCUGACACUGCAUGAGGGAACAAUUCCAGUCACAGGCUUGGCCUUCCGUCAAGUGGCCAAAGUUACUCAUCUGUUUGUCUCCACUCUGGAAAAAGUCCAUUGCUAUACAUUGUCCAUCAAGGAGUACCCAAAAGUGGAACUAGAUACACAUGGGUGUGCACUACGCUGCUCCUCGCUCACCGAUCCCUCGCAGGAUUCCCAGUUCAUCGUCGCUGGAGAUGAGUGUGUGUACUUAUACCAGCCUGACGGACGGGGUCCCUGUUUUGCCUUUGAUGGGACAAAGUUACUAGCUCACUGGCACCGUGGAUAUUUGUUCCUGCUCAUCCGGGAUAACAAAUCGCCAAACAAGUCAGCGUUCGGCAGCAGGGAGAGCACAUCAUCGGACAAGCAACUGCUGACCAUCUAUGACCUUGACAACAAGUUUAUCGCUUAUAGUGCCUCGUUUGAUGAUGUCAUCGAUGUGGUGGCAGAGUGGGGCUCCUUCUAUGUUCUUACCAGAGAUGGUAAAAUGUUUGUUCUUCAGGAGAAGGACACGCAGACCAAACUUGAGAUGCUGUUUAAGAAGAAUCUCUUUGUAAUGGCAAUCAACCUGGCUAAGAGUCAACACCUGGACAGUGACGGGCUGUCUGAGAUCUUCAGGCAUUAUGGGGAUCACCUCUACCUCAAGGGAGACCACGAUGGUGCUAUCCAACAGUACAUACGCACUAUUGGGAAACUGGAACCGUCCUACGUUAUCAGGAAGUUUCUUGAUGCACAGAGGAUCCACAACCUGACGGCUUAUCUUCAGGCUCUCCACCGACAGUCUCUGGCCAACGCUGAUCACACCACACUGCUGCUCAACUGUUACACCAAGCUGAAGGACAGUUCCAAACUGGAGGAGUUCAUCAAGAGCAGUGAAAGUGAGGUCCACUUUGAUGUGGAGAUCGCCAUCAAGGUUCUGAGGCAGGCGGGUUAUCACAGUCACGCUGUGUUCCUGGCUGAGAAGCACAUGCACCAUGAGUGGUACCUGAAGAUCCAACUGGAAGACUUGAAGAACUACGAGGAAGGCCUGCGCUACAUUGGCCGUCUGCCUUUUGAGCAAGCAGAGAGCAACAUGAAGCGUUACGGGAAGACACUGAUGCAUCACAUUCCUAAAGGCACGACCCUGCUCCUGAAAGGCUUGUGCACCAACUACCAACCCAGUGGCGAAGCUGCUGACAGAGACAACCAGAACGACAGUGGGGUUCUCAAGGCAAACUCUGAAGAGUUCAUCCCAAUUUUUGCCAACAAUCCCCGAGAAUUGAAAGCCUUCCUGGAGCACAUGAUCGAGGUGGAUCGCCACUCGCCCCAGGGGGUUUAUGACACUCUCCUGGAGCUGAGACUGCAGGACUGGGCACAUGAGCAGGACCCAAAGAGGAAGAAGGUUCUACAGGAUGAGGCCGUGUCUCUACUGAGGAGUGACCACACAGUGUUUGAUAAAGCGCUGGUCCUCUGCCAGAUGCACAACUUCAAGGAAGGCGUGCUUUACCUGUAUGAGAAAGGCAAAUUGUACCAGCAGAUCAUGCAUUACCACAUGCAGAAUGAGGAGUAUGGAAAAGUCGUGGAGGCAUGCAAGCGCUUCGGUGGGCAGGAGAGCUGCCUGUGGGAGCAGGCGCUGGGCUACUUCGCCAGAAAGGAAGAAGACUGUAAAGCCUACAUCACUGAAGUGCUGCAACACAUCGACCAGCACAACCUGAUGCCUCCGUUGCUCGUGGUGCAGACGCUGGCGCACAACUCCACCGCCACGCUCUCCGUCAUCAAAGAUUAUCUCAUCAACAAGCUGCAAAGAGAGAGCCAGCAGAUCGAAGACGACCAGCGUAAAAUCCGUCAGUACCGGGAGGAAACCGCUCACCUGCGCUCUGAUAUCCAAGAGCUCAAAACCAGCGCCAAGAUCUUCCAGAAGACCAAGUGCAACAUGUGCAACAGCCCACUGGAGCUGCCGUCUGUGCACUUCCUUUGCAGCCAUUCAUUCCACCAACACUGCUUUGAGAGCUACGCUGAGAGUGAGGCCGAGUGUCCCACGUGCACUCCGGAGAACCGCAAAGUCAUGGACAUGCUGCGGGCACAGGAUCAAAAACGAGAUUUGCACGACCACUUUAACACACAGUUACGCAGCGCAAAUGACGGUUUCUCUGUUGUUGCUGACUACUUCGGCCGUGGAGUGUUCAACAAACUGACUCUGGUCACGGAUCCGCCCGGCAACAAACCUGGAGGCCUGGAAGUCAACCUUCACAGAGACAUGCCCAUCCACACCAAGAGGAACUUCUAGAGACUGCCCAUGCCAUGUCCUCCGCCCAAGAGAUCAGGUCCCCGUCAGUGUGGAGCACUGGACCGGCUGCACUUUACUGAGCUGCCUGUUUGCUUGCAGGACCUCCUCAUUGUUGUAUGAGCAGGAUUAUCAUGUUGCACUUUUGUGUCAAACCUAUAUCUUCUCAACUCUGCCCCCUUCUCUGUAAUGUCACUAAUAAAAUGAUCAAAUCUG